AACCCAGGAGUUAUUAAUCGGUUGUUAAUGAUCUGCUAUUUUCAGUGUGUCUGAGAGCACUGUCGUCCCAACCGCCGGAAGUCUGCAUGAAGCUGCGUCUCCUAACAGAGGCAACGGUGUCGACGUUUUUUUCUUCCCCCUCCUGUCUUUUUUUUUUUUUUUUUUUUUUAUCCGAGACUUUUUUUUUUUUUUUUUUUCUCUUUUUUUUAUUUUCUCUCCGCGAGAUGAGCAGGGAGUGAGCAAUGGAGGCGUAGGGGAGGCGAGGGUGUUUGUGUUUUACCAAGCGACGAGCUAGUUAAGCAUAUGAACACACAAGGCCUCCUCCUAAGCUCAGAGCAAAGCCCGCGAACAAAAGGAGAAAAUUAAUGGAGGCAAGUUAGCUCGCUCCCCUUGUCUUGUUGCGCUAACCAGCUAACCGCUAGCCAUGUUUGUUUACACUCCCCCCCCCCUCAAACACACACAGAGAAUAAUAAUCUAAUGCUCGGCUGCUGGUUAGCUGCAGUGUAACGUUAACGACAGGCAGGGCUGAGUGCUGAAUGCAAGAAGCUCCCCUGGUUUAAACUGUUUUAUAUAAGUUAUUGAUCAGUCAGCGCUAACGUCAGCCCGCAGCUAGCUGUGUGUGUUUUGGGGGGAGCCAGCUUGUGUCUCUCUCUCUCCCCCCCACCCACACACACACACACACACCUUCGUCAAAAAAUGUCUCUCAGAGCACUGAAGCGUUGACUUUGCUUUACAGUAAUAACGACCCCUGAGUGGUCAGUCAGCGGCGGUCUGUGCGUUAUUCAGUAAUGUGCCGCAGGAAACUUUGAUGUGUUUGUAGGUUGUGCAGCUACAGAGAGGAGACUCGUGGAAAACAAACGUACCUGGACUUGUGCAUUGCCAAUGUUCUGCAUGGAGUUUAUCGUUACCUCAGUUUAUUUUGUUAGUGUGUGCCGUUGAGGUUAAACGGCUUUACCAGCUGUCAGUCAUGUUAAAUGUCAGCUCAGCUUUACUAACGUGUAAUUACAUGCAUGCUUUUUCUUGGUAGGUGUGCGGUAUAGCUUAUGCAUGGCAUCUUAACAUGCAUACAGAAAACCGAGCCUCAAAAACUUCCUGUACUGUGUGUGUAUAACGGUAGUAACGUAUGUGGAAAAUAAAGUGCAAGUGCAUGCCGACAUAGAACAAUGAAACAAUGAAACUUCCUUCUUUGUGCUACAGAAAACAUGUUGCCUAUGUGUCAGUGGGAGAUGAUCAGGAAACAGAAGAUCAGAGAAAUAAUGGACGAUUCCCAUUUCAACUCAUCAUACUUUUGGUCUCCCGUCCCCACUGUACAAGGACAGAUCGAGAACGCCAUGUUCCUGAACAAGGCAAAGGAGCAGCUUGGUCAAGAGAAGGCCAAUGCAGCCUCCUUCCCUCACCCCUCUGCAUCUUCCACCUCCUCCCCCCACUAUCCCACGGCUGUGCUCGCCAUCCCCAAGCAGGAGGGAGGUGGGGGUCCUGCGGGAGGCAACAGUGGCGGCGGAUCUUUAAGUGUGGUCGGGGGACACCUGCACCAGUCGCACACCUCACAGAACAUCACCGUUGUGCCUGUUCCCUCUACGGGUAUCAUGACUGCAGCGGGAUUAGUGAUCACCACCCCUCAAGGCACACUGGUCCCCACUGCCUCCACACAGUCUUUUGUAGCUGGACAUCACACUGCCACCACCAUGAUAGUGUCUGCACUGCACGCCUCAAAUGCAGACAAGAAGGAGGACAUUGCUGUCCCUCCUGCAGUUGUCAUGCCGACACCAUCGAAGAGAGGCAGGAAGAGCAAACAGAUGAUGGGAAGAGUGGCUGGAGUGGGUGGGGUCCUCCCACCAGGAAGCGAUGCAUUAAUAUUGGCGCACCUGGCUGGUGGACAGCACCACACUGCUGACCCAUAUGACCUGUCAAACGAUGAGGAUGAUCAUACCAACAAAGAUGGUCCCAAAUCUUACAGGUGUCGGAUGUGUGCUGUGACGUUCUUCAGCAAGUCAGACAUGCAGAUCCAUGCCAAGUCCCACACUGAGGCCAAGCCCCACAAGUGCCCCCACUGUUCGAAGUCGUUUGCCAACUCCAGCUACCUGUCCCAGCACAUCCGCAUCCACAGCGGGGCCAAGCCCUACACCUGCACCUACUGCCAGAAAACAUUCAGGCAGCUCAGUCACCUACAGCAGCACACACGAAACCACACUGAGGCCAAGCCCCACAAGUGUCCCCACUGCUCCAAGUCGUUUGCCAACUCCAGCUACCUGUCCCAGCACAUCCGCAUCCACACCGGGGCCAAGCCCUACUCCUGCUCCUACUGCCAGAAAACAUUCAGGCAGCUCAGUCACCUACAGCAGCACACACGGAUUCACACCGGCGACCGACCGUACAAGUGUAACCAUCCUGGCUGUGAAAAAUCUUUCACUCAGUUGUCCAACCUACAGUCUCACCGUCGGCAGCACAACAAAGACAAGCCGUACAAGUGCCACAACUGUAACCGUGGUUACACAGAUGCUGCCAGCCUGGAGGUGCACCUGUCCACGCACACUGUCAAACAUGCCAAGCUGUUCUCCUGUGGCCUCUGUAACCGAUCCUAUACCUCGGAGACGUAUCUAAUGAAACACAUGAGGAAGCACAACCCCGACCCGCUUACUGUGGCAGCAACUGUAGCUGCUCAGCAGGCCCAGGGCCUUACGCCAGGGGGAGGGGGCAGAGGCCGAGGCCGUGGCCGAGGGAGAGGAGGUGGGGGCAGAGCAGGCCAGCUCCAAAGCCAGAACAACCCAAACAACAACUCCCAGAACCCUAACCCUGGACCCCCAGGCAGCUACCAGUCACACCAGCAGCCCACGGAAGCUGUGGUUCAAUGCCCUUUUGACCUCCACCAGUACAAGACAGUGUCAGCCAGCGAAAUCCAGUACAAACCAGUCACUGUGGCGGACCUGCCAGUGACCCACAAAGACCUCUGCCUCACCGUCUCCACAUCAGCCAUACAGGUGGAGCACAUGAACUCAUAGGCUGCGUCUUCCCACUCUGUUAGAGAAAUUACUAAUUGUGUCUGCAGUGUAAAAAGCUCCAUAUGAACAAGUAAUUUAACUGUAUUCAGUAUUAUUGCCUUCUUAAGCAAGAAAAAAUGGCAAAUUGGGUGUAAAAGUUUACUCCCCCCAUUCGUCAAAUCAUCUGGUUUAUUGAUACUAUUCUCAAUUGGAAAGUAUGAGACAUUAGUGGCUUUGAUGACAUUAUCAACCUGAUGAUGAAGAAGCUUUAAUUCUGAGUACAACAUUAAAUUAGUUGUUAGAACACAGAUAUUUUACAAUGUGCUUCUCGAUUCCUGAGCCCACUUGUGCCAAGUAUCUUUCAGUAGAAAUGCUGGUCUAGGACACUGACAUAAGUAUUUUAUUCUUCAGCCUGGAACCACAUUCUUCCAGUUUGUGAAAACUUUACCAAAACCUAAUGUGAGAUCAGUUUUGGCUUUUAUAUUAUUAUGACUGAAAUCUAGACCUGAAUUGAUCAAAUUCUGAUUUAAUCAGCUAUGAGUAGAUGGACCAGUUAUCAACUUAUCUGCUUUGUAAAUCACACUUAAUACACUGAUCCUAAACCAGCAGUCCUCUGAGAAUCUUGAUUAAAGAGGCUCCCUGGUGUCCCUUCUCUUCUUUUGUAUUGCGUUGUUUGCAGUGGGCAUCAAGGAGGAUGAAGAUGUAAAAUAUCUAUAAAUUACACUAUUCUCUGCUCAUUUAUGGUCGUAGAGAAUGGUGUAAUUUUUCCACACAUUCAGAUCACAUUAAUCUGAACAUUCUCCAUUGUUUAAUUCAAGCCAAAACAAGGAAGAGAAAUGAGGAAAGGAGUGAGUGAUGAAAGACUAUAGAGAUUCAUAACAGCAACUGAGAUUGGAUGGCAGCGGCACUGGUCGGAAAAAUGAGGAAGGUCUGAAAAGCUUUUGUAUGACACUGCCAAUGUGCUGUGGACAACAGAGGUUGGAUCAGAACGACUGGACUGGAGCCUGAGAAAACCACCAACAAGAGGAGUUCCUGAAAGGAAACGACGUGGCGUAUUAUGGGAUUAGGGUAAAGCCUGGGGCUGAAUCUCAAAGUGUGCAUUUCACAAAUCGUGAUGUUCUUAUUUACACCCGCCUCCCCUCGGACAGCGAGGAGUCCAGGAACCAUUUCUCGGUCGGAGCCCAAAGCUUGGAACAAAAGAGACGGAGCGGUUUGAGAAUGCACUAAAUGUGAGGAAUCUGCUGCAGAGCGAGACGAUGGAAACGUGAGCGAUUUAAAAAAAAAAAAAAAAGGGGGGGUUGGUGGGGUGGGAGGGGUCAUAAAGAAAGCACUUGAUGAAGCUUGUACUUCAUGCCUAUGUUUGUCAUCAUUGUACUUUUUUUUAAUAUAUCAUAUGUAUGUAUUUUUCUACCAACAGAGGAACGCGUGAGCAAACUCAGAGAGAAAGCAAAGUGAGUGCAUGAAUGAGAAGGGAACAGAGAGAAAAGUCCUGACAGAGCAUUUCCCCCCCUUUAUUUGUUUUUUUAUUUUUACUAUUCUUCAGUGAGUAACAGCCCAACUCGUCACUGUCGGGGGAGUUGUUGGGGAAAUAAUGAUUGUGUGAUAAAAAUGGCUGACAGGUACUGUUAUCGAUCUUUUUUUAAAGAACUUUUCAUACAUAUUAUUACUACUUUCAUUAUAACUGUAUUGCAAAUGUUAUCCACAUUAUUAUCAAUUAUCUGAGGCAUUAUUGUAUUGCAGUAUGCUGUACAUAAAAUAGAUAGAAAAUACUUUUUCAUCUGUAAAAGGGAAGUAUGUCCUGUAUAAAGCAUAUAUGGAAACUAAAGGAACUCAAAUGAACAAGUACCAAAUCAUUGGCUGGUAUCCCAGGUAACCUCCACGCUCAGCAAAGCCAAAAAGUUGGUUAAACUACAAAUUGCACUUUGUGAUAUUCACUUUAAUUGUAAUUAGGCCUUUUAAAAAAAAGUCUGUUGCUCAGAGACACGUUCUGUUCAAACCAUCAGCGAGUCUAUAAUCUGAAGGGCCAGUGAGUCUUAAAGAAGAAUCCAUGUAGUGCAGAGAUAGUCUCAUUCACUGCGAGAACAAUGGCUGCAACAUAACCAGAUGAUAUUCAUUCAUUAUGAUGUAACCUGCAACGGUUUGGCCAAGUUAAACUGUUUGUAAUAAUUAACAGGGACUGUUAUUGGGCUUAUUGGACAAAAUGGUUGUGGAACUGUGAGAUAGUGACCCGCUGCCACCUGAACCAGUUGAUCACUCCUUCAUGACCACUUUUACAAGUGAUCUGAGAGUAUCUGUUAAUGAUUAAAUACCAUUAAAUGAGGCUGUGACAAAGGUGACCUGGGACACUGCUGCCAUGUUUUCGUGCACAAGCUAUCUCUACCCAAAUCAAAAUGUUCAAGCGGCCUGAACAACUGGCUGAUUGUCUUCAUGUAUACUCCUCCUUGUAUUUCAUUGUCUUUUUAUGAAAAAUAACACACUCUCAAUAUUCUUGUUAAUGUUAUUACUGAUGCUCCUGAUAAUAAUACAGUUAUUAACUGCCCUCUUAUGCUACACUCUCGCAUACUGUAUGCACAGUUACACCUCUUGCUCAUCUGAACAGACUGUUUCUUCCCUUAAGGAGAAUAAAGUUCGAAAACAGUUUAUGAUGAAAAAAACUUUAUUGUCUGAUUUAUUUUAGUAAAAUCCAUUCUGCGUGGUAUUCAUAAGAAUGUAUGAUGAUCUGAUAUUGUUUUGAAUGAUUUGAUAAAAUCUGAGGUUAAGUUA